UUGCGGUCCUAUACUAGAGAGAGGUAGGUAGACUAAACAACCCCACGGCGAAAUUUGGGGAAGGAGCGGUUUCUCAGGAGAAUGAGCGACCGUCUUGACUUUAAUCUCGCUCUCCCAUCGGUACCUUAACCUACGACCCUGACUGCAGCUUGUUUUCUCUUGCAUACAUACUGUGCCAGGCUUUAUUUAUCUUAUUUUAUUUAUUUUAUUUUAUUUUUGCAUUUUCGUUUCUAUCUUUUCCCACUUUCUCUCCUACGAGGGGUGGGUUGCUUUUCUCCAGUGGUUGCUUUUGUACAGAGAUCUUUUUCCUCCCUUGGAUCCGUUUCUUGUUCUCUGUUCCGCUAGGACCUUUGGAGAAACACAAAAAAACACUGCCCACGAGAGCAAGACGCAACAGCAGCAAGAAAAAGAAAAAAAGACAGCAAAAAAGGGGGUUAGCUACUAUUCCCUACUUGAUCCAUUUUUUUUUCGGAGACGACCGUCGCUCCAGUCAAAAGACAAACAGACAUUUGGAGUCCCUUUCGUUUUUAUUUCCCUCUUUUAUUUUGUGGAAACAGUCAGUCUGGACUGGAAGCUCCUCCUCUUGACCUUGCCUAUGCGCCUCCUUACUCAUUCUCCAAUUUGUCUCCAUUGUUGACAUUCCCUUGAUGAAUCUGAUCUUUAAUCUUCAUGCACCGCACCACUAGGCGACCCCUUUUACCGUCGCUGCCGUGCUUGUUUUCCCUCCCCUCCCCGUACCACAUUUCGUGUCUGCCAUCAGAAGGUUGCCUUUAAUGCCGGACCUUUGUGUUACUAGGUAGCCUCACUGCGGCUACUACGUCCCGACUUCACUCGCCAAACCCCAGCUUCACAUCGAUUAGUUUCAUCACAUUUCUCAGGCUUUGCGCCGGGUAAAAACACAUCUUGAGCAACCAUGGAAGGGGUUUUGCUUGUUCCCCCGGACCGGGGGACCAUCAUCGGGCGGGCUAUGUGGAAGCCCCGAUUUGUCGUGGUCGGUCUGCAGAGGCGAUGGGAGCAGCCAUCAUCCGUACCCGGAAGAAUGACCAUGCCAAAAGACAAUCAGCCCAUUUUACCUUUUCUCACCAUCUUCAAGUCCAAGAACGACACUGAGCCCAUCCAACAACAUGCCCUCUCCUCUAUUACAGACUGUCAAGUCCAAGUCAUCGCACACAAGAAACAAGGACAAGUCGCCCCGACACUAGUGAUAACUGUCGCUUCAGAUCCGGCGACAGACAAAUUGAGAAAGCGACGCUCGAGCCGCGCCGCCGGCCUAACCAGUAGCAAGGAGUCCCCGGGUAACACCCUUUACUUUCGGACGGGCGAUGAGACAUUGAGCUUACAGGACUGGGAGCGAUAUAUUCAGGGACAAAUGCAGAGACCGGCGGGACCACCACAUGUAGCUGGCGUACCUGCAAGCCCAAUGAGCCCGAUGAUGAGUCCGAUCUCGCCGACCUUUACGAACCCGUUCGUCGGCGGUACACGGUCAAGAGAUCCCUCUGACUACUUUCCCAGACCGCCCAGUGGGGCCGCCUCGGCUUCACAAUCACAGUUUAUCAGGGGCACAGGUUUGAGUCACAAGAACUCGAACCAAGCAUAUUCGAGUCGUGAGCGGCCCAUCACAUACUCGGGCUCGCCCAGUCUGCGCUCCAAACGAAGCGACAUUUCCUCGCAUGCUAGCUUCAUGAACCACUCGCACCAUCCGUCAUAUACGCAACACAGCGGCUACUACAACGCCGCACACCCCGCAGACCUGCCAUCGCCGGCCACCACAGUCCCCGAUCACGGUGUCGAGUUUAUUGAAGGUUGGACCGCCGCCCAAGGUCGAUCUUCGACCCUCAACUCGCCAAUCCGUGGCCGUGAUAGCAUCAGCUCUCAAGUUACGUCACCGAUUACCGUCAAUGCCCCCGCCGUGUCUUCGGCAGCCACGAUCGAAGCAAGCUCACCGCCAGGGCCUCGAGAAACAAUUCUCGACAGGGCUUUUCAAAUGCGCUGUAUUCCUGGAUCCGAAAAGGAGGUACCUGGUGAAGAGAACCUGAGUUCUUUGGCGCGCUUUGAAGCGCUUAUGCGGGAGAUGGACAAGAAGCGACAGUCCAGGGAGGCGGAAGAGGACAAGAGGGCGCGUCAACAAAAGCAGCAACAGCAUCAACCGCAGCCUGGGGCAUCGAAAAGUGGGUGGGACCAGGAUGAUGAAUCCAGCGAGGAUGAGUCUGAUUUUGAGGACUACCGACGGAACAGCAGCGACGCCAGAAACGUUUCUCAGCCUCGCGGUGGCUUGCAGCGGGGCCAUAGCUACAGUCACAGCCUUACGGCCCAAAGUGGUGGCUUUGCCCACGAGGUGGACUUGGAUGACGACGAAAUCGUCAUUCCCCCUGGGGCGCAGCGUGCCUUGGAUUUCAUCACAACAGGUCGCAGUUCUCCGGCGGUGCAGUCUCCUGUGAAUAUGGCCAGCCCAAGGAGUCCGAUGGAGUAUCAUCAUGGCUACGACAACAUGAUCCCGUCAAUGAACAACAGUGUGUCUUACCACGAUCCGCACGAACACUCCGGGACUGUCGCUCAAACAAUGUACAGGCAACACGAGGUAACAGAGAGUACCAUGAACCGAACGCACAUGCACCAAGCAGUUCAGCAGCAGAAUUACCCAUCAUCUGGCACAGCAACACCAACGGAUCACAUGACCUCUAUACCGGCGUCGUUGCUGGGAGGUUUAUCACGGCGCAAUACGUCAGAGAAGCGCAACUCAGCCUCGAGCUCAAAACGCAUCAGUUUCACUGAGCAGCUGACAAGGAGAUUGAGCAGCACAAGCAGCCUUCUACUUCAGACGAACCAUGAGAAAUCUUCAACCGGCCGCACGAGCCACGAUGGAGAGGCGAACCAAUCCUCAUACGGGUCGAGGUCAGCCACCUCGCAUCCUCGAGGGGUCAUACCUUCUUCCCAUGCGCCCCCGGGCCCACAGGAACGUGAAUGGGAGAAGAAAUGCGGUUGGCGCGGCAGCGUGGUCAUUGGCAAUGAAGGUGGUUUUCUUUGAACCUAUGGCAUGCCAGCAUUGAUUUUCUCAGCCUGUCUCCUUUUCCGACGAAAUGCGACAGAAAAAUCUUUUUUAUCUGAACAUUAGCACUUCUAUGCUUUUGCUGUUGGGAUGUAACGAUGAAACAUAUUCUUUUCUAGGGCAUCUGAACUGAUCAUGGAAAGGACAACGACCUGAAAAUCACGUUCGCGCCAUCUGUUGAGAUAUACCCUUUUUUUCUGCUUUAUUUCCUUCUCACGACUAUCAUGAUCAAGUUUUACUGCAAUCUCUGUAAUUAUUAGGAGCCAGCGGGGGAGGAGGUAGGAUCUAGAACUACUCGUCUGGGAAGGCGUCGGGGGCAUUUGUAGAGGUUAAGUCGCAUCUUGGAAUUUCUCAUACUCAUCUCAAGAGUUUAAUGAUAGCAUUUUUCAUCUCUCAAUCUUGAUCGCCUUGAACGCC